AGAGUCUGCGAUAGAGGAACCACCUGCAGAAAGCAGCCGCACUCAUUCUCCAGGAACGCCUUCAAUAUGUUACGGAUUUGAGAGAACACUGUAUAAGCGAGAAAUAGUUCCUUUAUACAGUGGAUGAAGACACACUGCCGUGGAGAUGCAACAGUUGAAGAAUUUAUCGAUUUGUCUUAUUUCCCUUGUAUGUGAGUUGACGAUUGGAGGGUCUCCGAGUGUUCAAAUUGGGGGUUUGUUUCCAAGGGGAGCUGAUCAGGAGUACAGUGCGUUUCGUAUAGGAAUGGUUCAGUUCGGAACGGCUGAAUUUAGACUGACGCCUCACAUCGACAAUCUGGAAGUAGCGAACAGUUUCGCUGUAACUAACUGCUUCUGUUCACAGUUCUCAAGGGGAGUUUAUGCUAUUUUUGGAUUUUACGACAAGAAGUCAGUGAAUACAAUAACAUCAUUCUGUGGGACUCUUCAUGUCUCCUUCAUCACACCGAGCUUUCCCCUGGAUGGAAAUCAGCAGUUUAUCAUUCAGAUGCGACCAGACAUCAAAGGACCUCUCCUGAGUCUCAUUGAGUACUACAAGUGGGACAAAUUUGCCUACCUUUACGACAGUGACAGAGGACUUACCACACUCCAAGUUGUGCUGGACACAGCAGCAGAGAAGAAAUGGCAGGUGACUGCCAUCAACGUGGGUAAUAUGAAGGAUGAGAAAAAGGAUGAGGCAUAUCGCUCACUCUUUCAGGACCUGGAAACCAAGAAGGAGCGGCGGGUCAUCCUUGACUGCGAGCAGGACAAGGUUAAAGACAUAAUGGAACAGGUCAUAACUAUUGGCAGACAUGUUAAGGGAUAUCACUACAUCAUAGCAAAUCUGGGAUUUGUGGAUGGGGAUCUUUCAAAAAUCCAGUAUGGUGGAGCCAAUGUGUCAGGCUUUCAAAUUGUGGAUUUUGAUGACCCCUUGGUGUCCAAAUUUGACCAGCGCUGGGAAGCUCUUGAGGAAAAAGAAUAUCCCGGAGCUGACAGCAAGAUAAGGUAUACUUCAGCACUGACCUAUGACGCAGUACAAGUGAUGACUGAGGCCUUCCGCUACCUGCACAAACAGCGAAUUGACAUCUCCCGCAGAGCUAACAAUGGCGACUGCCUGGCCAAUCCUGCUGUACCGUGGGCACAGGGGGUGGAGAUUGAACGUGCCCUAAAACAGGUGAAAGUUGAUGGUCUCACUGGUAACAUUCAGUUUGACCAAUAUGGAAAGAGGGUGAAUUAUACUGUCAAUGUCAUGGAACUGAAAAACAAUGGUCCAGUUAAGAUUGGCUAUUGGAAUGAAGUGGAUAAAAUGGUCGUGACAAAGUCUGAUCUCUUCCCAAAUGAUACAAUGGGGCUGGAAAACAAGACUGUGAUAGUCACCACCAUUCUUGAAGCACCAUAUGUAAUGCUGAAGAAGAAUGCUGACCUUUUUAUGGAUAAUGAAAGAUAUGAGGGCUACUGUGUAGACUUGGCAGCUGAAAUUGCCAAGCACUGUGGAUUUAAAUAUCAGCUGAAAAUAGUAGGAGAUGGCAAAUAUGGAGCCAGAGAUGCAGAGACAAAAAUCUGGAAUGGAAUGGUUGGAGAGUUAGUUUACGGGAAAGCUGACAUAGCAGUGGCUCCAUUGACUAUCACCUUAGUCAGAGAAGAAGUCAUUGACUUCUCAAAACCAUUCAUGAGCCUGGGAAUCUCCAUCAUGAUUAAGAAACCUCAGAAGUCCAAGCCUGGUGUGUUCUCCUUUCUGGACCCACUCGCCUACGAGAUCUGGAUGUGUAUUGUUUUUGCCUACAUUGGUGUGAGUGUGGUGCUCUUCCUGGUCAGUCGUUUCAGCCCAUAUGAGUGGCACACAGAAGAAUAUGAGGAUGGCCAGAUUCAGACCAAUGAGUCAACCAAUGAGUUUGGGAUUUUCAACAGCCUUUGGUUUUCUCUUGGAGCUUUUAUGAGACAAGGAUGCGAUAUAUCUCCAAGGUCUCUUUCUGGCCGCAUAGUUGGUGGAGUAUGGUGGUUUUUCACCCUGAUCAUAAUUUCAUCCUACACGGCUAACUUGGCUGCCUUCCUAACAGUUGAGAGGAUGGUGUCUCCAAUUGAGAGUGCAGAGGAUUUAGCAAAGCAGUCAGAGAUUGCUUAUGGAACUUUAGAUUCUGGUUCAACAAAAGAGUUUUUCAGGCGUUCCAAAAUUGCUCUUUUUGACAAAAUGUGGACAUACAUGAAAAGUGCAGAGCCAUCUGUGUUUGUUAAGACAACAGCAGAAGGAGUUAUGCGGGUGAGGAAAUCCAAAGGGAAGUAUGCAUACCUGCUGGAGUCCACCAUGAACGAGUACAUCGAGCAGCGCAAACCCUGUGACACGAUGAAGGUUGGAGGGAACCUGGAUUCCAAAGGCUACGGCAUCGCCACGCCCAAAGGAUCCUCAUUAAGAAAUGCGGUUAACCUCGCAGUACUAAAACUGAAUGAACAAGGCCUGUUGGACAAAUUGAAAAACAAAUGGUGGUACGACAAGGGAGAGUGCGGCAGCGGGGGAGGUGAUUCCAAGAACGCCAGUAAACCUUGCAGUAUUGAAACUCAGUGAGCAAGGCACCUUAGACAAGCUGAAAAACAAAUGGUGGUACGAUAAAGGUGAAUGUGGAGCCAAGGACUCUGGAAGUAAGGUUAGUCGCUGCAGGUUCUAUGUGAUCAAGCACACUUUUGAUUAGUGGGAAUGACCCAUAUUUAAAUAAUGACUAAAAAACCAACAAUUUUAGACAGACAAUGCACAGACAAGCAUGAGAUGCCUUGGUGAGAUUCUUUGACUAAUGCCUGCAGAGCUACUAAUAUUUGGUCCCAUCCACUGAAAAUUAAAAAGUAAUGCAUGCCACUAAAGUCAUAUGCACUUUGUUAUAUCUGUAACACAACCAGUGGUCUCCUUACAGCUUCUUUUUAAAGAAUUUGAGAAUAAUAGAUCCUGCUCUUACUUGCAUAACUGAGCUGUGCCAAGUUCAGAAUAGCUUUCUCAGACGUUCAUAUUCAGCAACGAAAGACUUCAAUUUGUUCAAGUAUGAACAUGAUCUCUCUCAGGACAUUUGUAGGACCAUCUACAAGGGUGUCCAAGAUUAUUAAAUGUCUUUGUUUCAUUGUGUGUUAAGGUGUUUGGUUGUGUUUUGUCUAUUGUCUAACUGUCCUAGUGUGUAUGCGUUUUAUUUCAUUGCUUAUUAAAUAUUUAUAUGUAUGUUAAACCUGAUACAUAAUGCUUUGCCAUGUUUGCAUGUUUAGAAUAAUAAUACAAUUUUUUAUAUAGAAAUAUACUUUCUACAGCAAGGCAUAGAUUGUUUUGUACAACCUUACAGUGCUUUGAUUCAGGGCCGUAACCACCAUAGACACUGAGGGGGAUGCGUACCCCCAAAUAUUUAAACUAGUGGUCCAUCAAUGUAUUAAAUGACCAAAUGCUGGGGACACAUAUCCCCAAAUAGUGGUCUAUCAAUAUAUUAAAUGACAAAUUGUUAAAAUUUUAAUUUGGAACCCCCCAAAAAAGUGCAUCUUAAAGACACCAUGAAAUCCACUGAAAAGCACAAUUAGUUUUCUAUCCUGUACUAAUGUAUUUCCUAUUGAAACCGGAAGUUGGGGUGGGACAUGUGAAAGGGCUCAUCUCUUUUCUUUAAAUAGCCAAUGGAAUUUCGUUAACAUUACAGCUAUGAACAUUCACAUUCUAGCAAGCAUUUGGACAAAAUGAAUGUAUGAGUCAUCAAUGUUUUGGGUCCGUUUCCAGGAAAAGAAAGACUGUUAAAUUUAAAUUUAAGUGAUUUUUGUCUAAAUUUACAACUAAACUAGCAUAUAGUUGACCUCAAAGAUAAUAUACAGUACAUGGACCUAAAAGCCACAAAACUCUAACUUGAAUUUCAUGGGGUCUUUAAAGAAAGUGAGCUUUGUCUAUUUGUCAAUGUGUUGUGUCUUUUAUGCGUGGUAAUUUUGUGCACAGUACAGUACACUAAUGUUUGGAAAGAAUAUCUAAAUGACAGCCCCUGAUCCCCAAAGACCUUUUUAUAGGUGUAUAUAUGUGUGUUUAUCUCCUCCUUUCUUUUAAGCACAAUGCCUGUCAUCUGCCAUCCCUGUGCCUAAUGCUAUACUCUUCAUCCUGAUGCCUCUCUUGAGCAUCCCUUUAAAUGGUCCUGUAGGCUUUUUUACAAAAGCGUAAUUCAUAUCAUAGCCAAGCAUAGCACAUUAACCCCCGCUAUAAUUGUGAAUUCAACCAAGAAAUAUUUACUACAGCCAUUAACAUGUUAGAAUGUCAGAACUUGCCAUUUAUCCAGCACAAACCAUGUUAAUGGUUAGGUUUAUAACCUUAAAAGCGAAUGUUAAAGGCUUUAGUAAAUCCAUCCCAUUAGCAGAAUUGUUGAAUGCCCCCAUUUGCAUUGCUUCCAGGGCACAACAUUAACCAGCAGCACAUUCUACAUACACAGUUAUUGUUUUUUACAUUACCGUCCUGAGCUGUGCAUUUUUAUCCACAUAGAAUAAAACCGCUAUUUAACUAGCAGUUGUUUAUGUAUAUGCAUGUUAUAUGGAGAUCCUGCUCUAUGCUUGACCGCUGACCCAUGUCUUAUGUGCAAUUGCAGGAGAAGACCAGUGCUCUCAGUCUGAGCAAUGUGGCUGGGGUCUUCUACAUCCUAGUGGGCGGCCUGGGUUUGGCCAUGCUGGUGGCCCUGGUCGAGUUCUGUUACAAGUCCCGAGCCGAGGCCAAGCGCAUGAAGGUGGC